AUGAAACAAAAAUCAAUCUCACUGGCGAUUAAGAGUGUACUUGGUUACCUGGUGAAAAAAAUGAAAGUUAUCGUGUACUUGCUUGUUGCCAUCUUGGCUUUGACAUCCUCUAUUGUCUCUGCUUAUGACCCCAGUCCUCUGCAAGAUUUUUGUGUAGCAGCCAACGAAACCAAUGGGCUAUUUGUGAAUGGAAAAUUAUGCAAAGACCCUAAACUUGUGAAAGCUGAAGAUUUCUACAAGCAUACGGAACCUGUAAAGCCUAACAAUCCUCUAGGAGUAGCAUUGACCCAGGUGUCUGUUGAACAACUACCUGGUUUAAACACAAUGGGCGUAUCUUUGGUUCGCAUAGAUUAUGCAGCAAAGGGUAUAAACCCUCCCCACACUCACCCUCGGGCCACAGAGAUACUUUAUGUCCUUGAGGGAGUAAUCUAUGCUGGAUUUGUGACCUCCGCUGAAGAUGGAAAUCGCCUCUUCACUAAAACGCUGUACAAGGGAGAUGUCUUUAUCUUCCCAUUUGGUCUCCUUCAUUUCAACAUGAACGUGGGGACGACCCCUGCUGCUUCCCUUGCUAUUUUUAGCAGUCAAAAUCCAGGAACUACCAAUAUUCCAGAUGCUGUGUUUAAGUCUAAUCCACAACUUUCUACAGAUAUUCUCGCCAAAGCUUUUCAAGUUGAUAACAAAGUUAUUGAUGAACUUCGGAAGAACUAA